CAUUAUAGUAGUUUAAUAUCAAAUGUACUAUCAAUCCGGCCUAGCCCUGUGGUUACCUGUAAAAAAAGAAAAUUGCCAUCAGUCAACAUGGAGCCUGAAAACUUCACGCAAUAUUUUUCAACGGAAGCCAUGUUGCCAGUACUAUACCUGACCUCUGAACUCGCCAGUGUGCCAGCCCUCCGCCAUAUUGACUGUUGUCUUGCCUAGAGAAGAUAGGGAACAUUUGUGGUGCUAGAAGAAUCGAAAGUGUGUCUUAUUGAACCUGUUAACUGGUGCAAACUGGGCCAAAGGGUACUAAGGAGACUUUCGCGAUGGCAAGGAAGAAAAGCAAACAGCAAGGAGUCGGUCAGAAGGAUGCAUUGUCCGGACAGCAGCAGACCUUAUCGAAGAGCCCUGUCUCUCCCGGCGUUGCAGCUGGCGCUGGUGGCGGUGGAGAUGCAGGAGUGGAUAGACUGGCCAGGGCGAAUCAGUCAAUGCAUACUUGCUGCUUGCUGUGCCAUCGAGAGUUCAAGGAUUGGGGGGCAAGUUCUGUGAACGGGCUCCCCGCUCCCAAGUUGGCAGACGCGGUGCCUGCGCUGCCUCAGGCUCUCCUUCGGGAGGUCCCAGGCCGUAAACAAGCGGACUCGGUGCCUUCUCUGCUGGGCGAAGUGCCACUGUGGAUCUGCCAGAGCUGCAAAAAGAGCGUGGAGGAGGACGAGAGGAGGGCAGUGCAGGAGCAGGUUACUCCGGCAUCCUUGUCACACUCCUCCACCUGUAAGUCGCAGACCUGUGGCAACGGUUUCCCCGAGCAGAGUUCGGUGGACUGGGACCCCAGCUCCUUCCUGUCGGCGCACAAGCUCUCGGGCCUGUGGAGUUCCGCCCACAGCAACGGUGGCGGCGUGCCACAGCACUGCACCCACAACGCUGCCUCGCACUCGCAACAAGGUGGAACUGUGGGACCAAGUUGUCACGAGAAGAGAUCAUGUCACGAUGCUCCUGGGAAAGCCCCUAAAGUGACAGGGCCUAAGGUCUGUCCCUACAGUCAUCCAGCAUCCCAGAAUUCCAGUGCAACGUCUCCUGGUUCACCACUGUCUACCUCUGCAGACCUCCACAAGACCACCCCUAAACACUUCAAAACAAUGUGCAGGCGACCAACCCCUCCAGGAGAAGCGUUCCACCCAGCCGACCUCCACCAACACUCGGACCUGUCGGUGCCGCCUAACAGUCCCACCGGCCUCUCCUCCCAGCAUUCCUCGCUGCUGCAGCCCAAGCAGACCUCUGGCAGCGGCGGUGGCGGUCAGCACGUUCACGCAGGCUCCGCCAGCUCGGGUCUGGCACCCUCGCACGCCCCCUUCUCCCCCUUAACACCUGGAAGCCUGCACGCCCCACCAUCCAAGCACCCCCCUGCCGGGUCGGAGGGCCCUAACGCCCUGCACAAAGCCGGCACCUGCAAGAACUCCCACAUUCCCACAGUCAACUCGCAGCAUGGCAAGCUGGCCACUCCCAUCAUGGGCUGUAACCACCCGUGCAACGGCCACAACGGAAUCGUGGCCGCCCUUAACGCAGGCCAGGUUGUGACGGCAGGGGCCGCAACGUGCAGGGACCAGGCGUGUAAAGGACACAAGCUGGCAACGGCCAACGGGACACUGUGCCACCCUCCGUGUGAGCUGGAGGAGGGCGACGACGAGGACAGCAGCUCGGAGAGGAGUUCCUGUGCAUCCUCUUCCACCAAUCAGAAGGAUGGCAAAUACUGUGACUGCUGCUACUGCGAGUUCUUUGGACACAACGCGCCUCCUGCGGCACCGACCAGUCGGAACUACGCCGAGAUCCGCGAGAAGCUGCGUACGCGGCUGACCCGACGCAAAGAGGAGGUGCCGCAGAGACAGGACUCGGACCCGGCCGUGCCCAGCGCCGACCACCGGGACGUGGACGAGCUGCUCGACUUCAUCAACAGCUCCGAGCCCAAGCCCGUGAACAGCGCCAAGGCGGCCAAGAGAGCCAGGCACAAACAGAAGAAAAAAGAGAAGGAGAGGGCUCAACAGACUAACAUGGACGAGGCUAUGUCGUGCGACCAGCGCGACUCCCCAACGGAGCCCGGCGAGGACGGCGAGGCCCCGGACGGCGAGGCCAGUCGGCUGCUGGAGUGGCCUCAGCUGGAGCUGGAGCGGGUCAACAGCUUCCUGACCAGCCGUCUGGAGGAGAUCAAGAACACCAUCAAGGACUCCAUCCGGGCGUCCUUCAGCAUGUACGACCUCAACCUGGACGUCAACGACUUCCCCAAGAAGGCGGCCACGCUAGAGGGCAACCACCUGCUGUCGCACCUCAACGGCUCGUCCGACCUGCAGCCCAUUGACCUGGACAUGGCGCCGCUCUCGCUGCGUGACCUCAAGAGGGACCUGGAGCUGGUCAACGGCUGGGAGGACGCGCCCGCUGCUGCUGCCGCCGCCGCCGCCGCGGCUACUACAACCACCACAAACGCCUCCACCGCUGCCAAUGACCCUGCGACCGCCAAGGACAUCCAGCGGCUCAACUCCACCCCGAGCCUGUCCAAGCUCAUCCGUAUCCGAUCCCCCGAGAGGAGUCCGGCGGCGGGCUCCGAAGCCACCGAGCCGGGGCCGGCCCCGCCAGCCAAGCCCAAGGACGAGGCCCCCGACGCCAAGAACACCACUGGCGCCGGAGCCAAGACGAAGAAGGGCAAGAAGCAGCAGCAGCAGAGACAACAGCAGGAGACGCAUUCCCAGCAGGAGCACAACGCAGCCAAACCCGCCAAAGCGGGACAAGAGUUGCAGAAGGGCCCUGAAAGCCGGCCAGUCGUGGCAGCAGACGCUGAGAAACCCUCCAAGGGUGGCUCAAAGCAGGCCUCUCAGGGCCAGGCCACAUCUGAGAGCCAGAGGAAUGGACACAAGAAGACGGAUGACUCCAAAGCACCCAAGCAGCAGCAGCAGCAAAACGGCUCUGUGAGCGGCAUUCCCAACUCCGCCUCCAGCACGGCGAGAGGGAAGAACGACGGGGACGCUCGGGGGAGCAGGUUGGAACAAGACCCCGAAGGCAAAGCCAACGCCAGCACUCUAGCACACUCCCAACAGCAGCAGCAGCAGCCCAAGGGCAAGAAUAAGAAGAGCAAGAACAAGCCAGACAAAUCCAGCAGUGCUAUCGAUGAUGUGUUCCUCCCCAAAGACGUUGAUCCGACAGAAAUGGAUGAGAUUGAUCGGGAAGUUGAGUACUUCAAGAGGUUCUGCCUUGACUCAGCCAAACAGACACGACAGAAGGUGGCUGUUAACUGGUCAAACUUUAGCCUCAAAAAGAUGCCCUCGAACGCAGCACAGUAAUGGAAACUCGCCAAACGGAGAACCGAGUCCUUACUCCCCGACCUUCCAGCGUGACUGUACUCAACACAAUACACCUGACCUUACCAGCCCAGACUGAGAUCCAUCAUCAAAACCCACAAACACACACAAACACACACACACACACACACACACACGGGGUUCACACAGACUGUCAAACUUGGAACUGUCAUUUUUCUUUGCUCCCAACAAAUGGAAUUUUACACACAAAAACAACAUGUCCAUACUCAUCCCUGAACCUGCUAGCGGUUGAUGUUGCGGGAGCCGCUGUCCUGUCAACUACAACAUUGCAAAAAACAAAAAAAAACAUUGAAAUGUCUUAGGUUUCUGGCUCAUUGCUUCAUACAAGUGUCUGCUUCAUACAAUGCGUGUUAAAAGUUAUUCUUACUUUUUUAUCAUUUAAAAUAAAACCAUUUUUUGUCUUUUCUUUAUCACAGAAAAUGUGGCACAUCUUAACAGUUAUUUUCCCCCUUUGGAUGUCUAACAGUUAACUUGUGUGCUCUGAAAGGUACUUCCAGUUGCAAGAGAAGAAUCCAUCCAUGACGACAUCCAUGAUGAGCCCUACCAUACCCAAUCACUCUCUGAAUCCAUAGUCUAGAUUGGGGGACCUCCCUCAGUUUGAAGAACUGAACACUGAAUCACAGAUUAUGACUUUUUUUAUGCAUUUGACCAAACACGACCACUGAUGAAGUUGCUCUCUGUUGUACUGUCAAACAGCACCGUAAUCACAACUAGAAGUCAACUGUCCUGUUUUGACUGUGCCAUAGCUCAACAUUUAACAAUCUCUUCCGUAAAGACUGAAUGCUGGUCAUUGCAGAGGGGUUGUGGUUUUUUAAACAUGGAAAGGCAUGGAGACAUUGUUAGUUUUCUUUUGCCCAAUCUGUCAAAUUAUGCUUCAGAUAUACAUGGGAGUCAAUGACAGUAGUUGGCUUCUGGAGAUUAGUGCCCUUGUACUGUACCAUGCUGUUUUAAAUUGUGACAUGAAAUGGUUUCUGUUUUGUUUUUUAAACAUGAACGUUUGCAAAAAAUUCAACACUAAUAUAAACUUUGAUUAAAAAAUUAUAUAUAUGGCUGUGUUUUAACACUUAUACAUGGAUAAUACAGGGGUGAUUUCCUUGCAUGAUGCAUACAGGCAAAAUGUAUACGUAUAUUUGAGGGGAAAAAAUCAAAACAAAAACAGCAAUUUCUCUUUGUGUUUUCAAAAAUGAGUGCAAGUGCAAUUCACUGUUUGAUCUUGUCAAUUCCAAAGCUAAUUUUAUUCAAAUGAAGUCCUGUAUCACACUUAAGUUAUACUCCCUUAUCCACACAUGUUAUGAAUGCUCCAUAUUGUUGUGCUGGUCUGGUCCCCAAUGCUACUCCAGCCUCAAUCAGUUUAAGAAUGACACUUCAGUCACCUCAACAGGCUUUUUGGCAUCCCCUAGCACUUAGCGUGUUCAUCUUUCUCUGUGUAGAUGCAAUCAAUGUUCCAUUCUUCCAUUCCACUGGCUGUCCUUCUCACUCUCCAUGUCUCACAAAUACUUUGAGCUACUCUGUUUUGUCAUGACUGUGGUUGCAGUUUUCUGGCUGCAUACUAGGUACAGCAACUGUGAUUGAGACCCCGUUUGUAUUGUUUGUUUGCUUGCUUAAUUUUGGGUUCAAGUCACUGCACUUACAAGCUCCUGUCAAAGUAGGAAGGUUGUACCUUCCCUCUGAGAAAAAAAACAAAACAUCCGACAACAUGUAUCCGACAGGAUUUGAGGAAAUUUAUUUGAUAACUCCAUUUGCUUGAAGGUUUGACACGAAUACAUUUGAGCUUCUCUUUUCAUAUUUCUCAACAUCUCCGAUGCUAUCAAGGUUAUAUUAGACUAGAACACAUCUUCAGCGUCUGGAAUGUAGAUUUAUACUAUACCAUUCAACAGCCGAGUGUAUGUUGGCUGUCUUUUUUUUUUAUUAUUAUUAUUAUUAUUAUUAUUAUUAUUCACUUUUUGAUACUGUGAAAAAUCUUUCGUGCAGAAAGAUUAAAACAUUACAGUUUUGGGAAAAAACUAAA